UAAGUAUGUUCUUCGGCACCUCUCCACACAUACUGGAUUUUGUGUUUUAGGGAUUCUACUACUAUACUUUGGUCGCGUUAUAUUAGACCCUCUGGGUCGUUAUUGAAUUGAAAGUGUCUGCCGUUGGCUUGCAGCAUGGUUGACAACUCUUGUCCAAGCUUCAGGCGUCCUCCAGAGGCACCGGUAUUUACUCCAACUGAGGAGGAGUUUGCCGAUCCGUUGGGAUACAUCGCCAAAAUAAGACCGAUUGCAGAAAAAAUUGGAUUAUGCAAAAUUAAACCACCACCGGACUGGCAACCACCUUUUGCUGUUGAUGUCGAGAAAUUCACAUUCACUCCUAGAAUACAAAGAUUGAAUGAACUUGAUGCCACUUCUCGAAUGAAGCUGAACUUCUUGGACCAGCUUGCAAAGUUCUGGGAGCUUCAGGGUUGUUCUUUAAAAAUACCUCAUGUGGAUAGGAAACUUGUGGAUUUAUAUACAUUAUAUAAGCUUGUUGAAGAGGAAGGAGGAAUGGACCAAAUCAACAGAGAAAGAAGAUGGUCAAGAAUAGCUACAAGAAUGCACUACCCAUCCAAACAAGUUGGAACAACCCUGAGAGCACAUUAUGAGAAAAUUUUAUAUCCAUUUUAUGUGUUCAAGAAAGGAGAUAUCUUUGACUCAGAGAAAUAUAAGAAAGAAGAGGAAAUAAAAGAAGAAGAUGAUGAAGAGGACGAUGAGUAUAAACCUAGCGGACAAGAUUAUAAGUCACAUGGUAUAGCAGCUAAAACAGCAGCUGGAGGAUUUAGGAGAAAGAGCAAAAAGGAAAGAAUGAUAAAGGAAGAGGAUUGUCAGUUUUCAUCAUUCAACCCAGAAAACCCAGAUGAGGAGCUUGAUAUUGAUUACAAUGUCAAUUCUGAACUGAAGAAACUACAGUUUUAUGGUGCAGGACCAAAGGCAGCUGUUCCUGGACAAGAUGAAAAACCCAAACUACCAAAGAACAAGAUGAAGAUGAGAGACAAGUUUGUAGAUCCAACUGCUUAUACUGGGAUUGAUUUUUACCUAUGCCACAUGUGUAAACGUGGUGAUGGAGAUGAAUACAUGCUGUUAUGUGAUGGAUGUGAUGAUGCCUUUCACACGUAUUGUCUGAUACCCCCGCUGGCUGAGGUACCAAAGGGAGACUGGAGAUGUCCUAAAUGUGUUAAACAGGUCUGUUCCAAACCACUAGAGCCAUAUGGAUUUGACCAGGCAAAGAGAGAAUACACUUUGCAGUCUUUUGGGGAACAUGCUGACCAGUUCAAGUCUAAUUAUUUCAACAUGCCUGUCCAUAUGGUACCAUUAAGUCAAGUGGAGGGUGAAUUUUGGAGACUUGUGUCGAGUAUUGAGGAAGAUGUCUGUGUACAGUAUGGAGCUGAUAUACAUGCAAUGGAGAUGGGCAGUGGUUUCCCAACAAAACAAACUAGUGAUUUGUUUCCUGAAGAUGAGGAGUAUAUAAAUUCUGGCUGGAAUCUUAACAACCUACCAAUACUUGAACAGUCAGUAUUAUGUCACAUCAAUGCAGAUAUAUCUGGGAUGAAGGUACCAUGGUGCUAUGUUGGAAUGUGUUUCUCAGCUUUCUGUUGGCAUAAUGAGGAUCACUGGAGUUAUUCUAUUAACUAUUUGCAUUGGGGAGAACCAAAAACUUGGUAUGGUGUACCAGGUGGUUGUGCUGAUCAGUUUGAAGCAGCCAUGAAAUCACGAGCCCCUGACCUGUUUGAACAGUCUCCAGACUUGUUACAUCAGUUGACCACUACAAUGAACCCAAAUGUACUGAUGGAUCUGGGAGUGCCGAUUGUGAGAGCUGACCAGCAUGCUGGAGAGUUCAUGGUGACAUUCCCUAGAUCAUACCAUGCAGGAUUUAACCAAGGAUAUAACUUUGCUGAAGCUGUUAACUUCUGUACUGCUGAUUGGCUCCCAAUGGGAAGAUUAUGUGUGGAGCAUUACAGAAUACUUCAUCGUCAGUGUGUAUUCUCACAUGAAGAAUUGGUGUGUAAGAUGGCCGCAGACCCUGAUGGACUAGACCUUGUGGUGGCUGCAAAAACCUACCAAGAUUUACUUGUUAUCGCUGAGAAGGAGAAAGUUUUAAGAAAGAAACUAUUGGACAGAGGAACAAUUGAAGCUGAGCGAGAAGCCUUUGAGUUAUUACCAGAUGACGAGAGGCAGUGUGAUUACUGUAAAACCACUUGUUUUCUUUCUGCUGUUACAUGCUCUUGUGCAGCAAGUAAGCAUUAUAGUUACCCAAAUGCUUCUCCGGGCAAACAAAAUAAAAUAGUAUGUGCCAACCAUGCAGAAAACCUAUGUCAUUGUGACCCUAAAAACCAUGUCCUUCGGUUCCGAUAUACCCUGGAUGAAUUGCCAGGGAUGCUUCACAAACUGAAAGUGAGGGCAGAAUCCUUUGAUAAUUGGACCAACAAAGUUAGUGAGGCUAUGGAUGCUUCAGGAGACCGCAGACUAGAAUUGAAUGAGAUCAAAGAGCUAAUAACUGAAGCUGAUGAGAAGAGAUAUCCAGACUCAGAACUCCUACAGAAUCUGAUUAAUACUGUUAGUGAGGCAGACAAAUGUGCUAGUGUAGCUAACCAGUUAGUCACCAAAAAAGUUAGAACUAGAAAUCGUCAGUCAAACGAAGGGAAAUACAUAGCCAAGCUUAGUCUGGAAGAAUUGAAUUGUUUCUAUGAGCAAAUUGCUAACUUGCCAUGCAUUAUCAAAGAGGCUAGACUGGUCAAGGAAUUACUUGAUCAAGUGAUAAACUUCCAAAAAGAAGCACAGGAUGCACUGAAUGCAGAAACCCCAGACUCAGAGAAACUUGAACAGUUAAUUGAGUUCAGUGCUACUAUGGAUGUAGACUUAGUGGAAAUUCCCAGGCUGAAACAGGUCCUUCAGCAAGCCAGAUGGUUAGAUGAGGUCAGGGAAACCAUGAGGGAACCUCUGAAUGUUACAUUAGAUGUAAUGAGAAAGUUAAUGGACUCUGGUGUAGGUCUGGCUCCUCAUCCUGCAGUGGAGAAGGCUAUGGCUGAGCUACAAGAACUGUUGACUGUCAGUGAAAGGUGGGAAGAAAAGGCUAGGAUUUGUCUCCAAGCUAGACCCCGACAUGUUAUGGCAACACUUGAAGCUAUUAUAAAGGAAGCAGAGGGCAUCCCUGCCUACCUCCCAAAUGUAACAGCAUUAAAAGAUGCCUUGAGGAAAGCUAAGGAAUGGACAAAUAAAGUGGAAACUGUUCAGAAUUCUGAAUCCUAUCCAUACCUUGAUGUGUUAGAGACCCUGGUAAAUAAAGGACGACCUAUACCAGUCAGACUGGACCAGUUGCCACAGGUUGAAUCUCAGGUGGCAGCUGCUAAGUCGUGGAGGGAGAGAACAGCACGGACAUUUCUGAAGAAAAAUUCUACAUAUACCCUGUUAGAGGUGUUAUCACCAAGGGCAGAUGUUGGGGUUUACAGUGGAGCUAAGAAUAGAAAGAAGAAAAGAGAAGAGAGAGAAAGAAGGGACAGUGAAAAUAAUAACAAUAAUAAUAAUACAGAGUAUAAAGUGGAAGAACAAAGAGAUCCUGCUGCUAUUGUGGCAGCUUUUAAAAAUGCUGAAUACAAAGAAUAUGAAGCAAUGAGAGAAUUGCGUCACAUCAACUUAGGAAAACUUAACCAAUCCCAAUAUGAAGUGAAGUACUGUAUUUGUAGAAAGGCAGCUGCUGGGUUUAUGUUACAAUGUGAAUUAUGUAAAGAUUGGUUCCACGGAACAUGUGUGCCAUUACCAAAAUCAGCAAAUAUCAAGAACAAAUCAGCUCAAGCUGCAGCAGUGCAGGCAGCUAAAGAUCUCAAAUUCCUCUGUCCAUUGUGUUUACGUUCUCGGAGACCCAGACUAGAGACAAUUCUGUCAUUACUUGUGUCCUUACAAAAACUUCCCGUUCGAUUACCAGAGGGUGAAGCAUUACAAUGUUUGACUGAACGCAGCAUGGCAUGGCAGGACAGAGCUAGACAAGCCUUAACCACAAGUGAACUGGCUUCAGCUCUUGCAAAACUCAGUGUGUUGAGUCAAAAGAUAGUGGAACAGGCCGCCAGGGAAAAGACUGAAAAAAUAAUAAAUGCUGAACUUCUAAAAGCUGCAAAUAACCCAGAACUUCAAGGUCACCUUGCAAGUGUAACGCAAAGUGCAUUUGGUGGUUCAAUAAACUCAGUGAAAAACUCCGAUUCUGGAUUCAAUCUUGACUCAGAUAACCCUUUCUCAAUUCCAUUGUCACCACCAUCUUUGUCACAGAAUUCUGACGAUAUUCAGAUGGAAGUAGAAAUUGUGAGUUCUGCUAAUAACCACACAGGCAUGUCAGAACAUGCGUAUUCCUCAGCAUCUAAAUCUAGUGCUAGUCAAACAGAUUCCCCUCGGAAACAUCCCAGAAAAUCCCCAUUAAUAGCCAGAUCUGGUGAAGCACCAGUCCUGGAGUUGUCGGAGUCGGCCAAACAUCAACUGGAAGAAUUAAUGAUGGAAGGAGAUAUGUUAGAAGUGUCUCUCGAUGAAACUCAGCAUAUUUGGAGAAUACUUCAAGCGUGUCAGCCUAGAACGGAUGGAAAAUUCCUGGAUCUUGAGGAACACGAAUCUCUUAUUAACAAGGAUCCAAUUGACAAAGAAAAACUUGUUGUCAAAAUCAAAAAGGAAAAAGCAGAUGAUCCAGAAAAGAAGAAAAAGAAAAGGAAAAAGAUUGAUGAGGGAGGAGAUGCGUCUAAACCAAAGAAAAUCAAAGAUCCAAAUAAAGUCAAAAUGAAGGUUAAGAUCAAGAAAGAACCAAGCAAGGAUAAACUACCUGUCAUUAAACAAGAAGAUAUAGCUGAUUUUGUACCUUUAUCAGGCGAUACAGCUGCUGAUGUGGAGCAAAUUAAAAAGACGGUAGAGACAUUUGAUAAAAAUAAGAAAAUAGCCGAUAAUAAACCAAAGAAAAAGAAAAUCAAAAAGAAAGAAGGAGAGGAAAGUACAGAGAAGAAGAAAAGAAAACCAAGAGAAAAGAAAGAUAAGAAAAAGAUGUUAGUUGAUGAUAAUGAGGAUGAUGCUGACAAUUGUGCAGCCAUCAAAUGUCUUAAACCUACAGGAGAAGAAGUAAAUUGGGUUCAGUGCGAUCAUUGUGAAGAGUGGUACCAUUUAUUGUGUGUUGGGUUGGCAUCAGAGGAAGUUAAAGAGGAUGAGGACUAUAAGUGUUUUAAGUGUAAGCCCCCAAUGGAUACCACUAACAUCCCAUCAAUGUCCGAUAUUGUGAUCAAACAGGAAGUACAAGAAGAUUUAAUGUGUCAUGAGAGCAUGCCUGAUGAGGUUAAUGCCUCCUUGUUUACCCAGGCUCUAGCAAAUCAAGAAGACUUAGAUGAGAAUGAAAAAGAAGGGGAGGUAAUUGAAAAUGAGGAAGGUUCAGGGGAGGUAAAUCCGUCAGUAGUGACUGAACAAAUAAGUUCAGUACCUAUACCGGAUAUGUCAUGUGAUAUAGAGACUGAAGUUGUUGCAGAAAAUACACCUGAUAUUUCUGAGGAACUGGAACCACAUUGUGACAAUGCAAUAUCAAGUCCAGGGGAAAUAUCAAAUCCGGACUUGAUUCCCCAGUUAAAUUCUGUUGAAAAUGAAUCUAUUGUGGAGAUGCAAGACAUUUCAAAUCAGGAUGUUGGACAGGACGAAUCAUCAGUGGAUAGUCAGGAUGAUAGUCAGCAUACAGAAAGUUCAGUGGACAUUAGUGAAGAACUUACAAGUGUUGUGGAGACUCCAAUGAUAGAAUCGGAAGUCAUGUCUGUUGAAACAGAAGACAGUUGUUCACAAGACACACCAAUCAUUGACUCCUCUCAUAUUGAGAACUUUACUGAAGAAACCUCAUAGACAGCAUACUUCUUGUGAUCUCAUGUUAAUUUUGUAUUAAGUGCCACCCUAUAAUGGUGUAAAUUUCAUGUCUGAUUGCCCCCGAAAAGCUUACCAUUUAAUUGUUGUAAAUAUCAGAUGUUUGUAUUUGUCAAACCGUGUUGUGUUUGAAGAAGGUGGGCAUUUUGUUUCGCACAUUAACAUUUUGUGAAUACCUCAUUUUUAAUGAUAAUUUGUAUUUUUGUCUCAUUAUUUCUUCAUUAUUUGUCAUAUACAAACUAGAACCAGCAUUGUUGAUAUUUUGUUAGGUGAUUGGUCUUGCCAAGUUCAAAAUUUUGUUAAAAAUUUCCACAUUAAUUUAUCAUAAUACAGUGAAUUAUUUACUUAUAGAACUGGCACUUUUGUUAUCCAUUUUUGUCAUUUUAUUUUUAUUUUCACAAUAAUUUUCAAGCACAAAUCAAUGCAAUUUUAACCCUUACUAAUUUGCAUUGAAAUGUAACGUAGCAAUAUGUACAUGUAAAUAUUUGUUAUAUACCAAUACAUGUAGUCAAAAAUCCUGAUUCACAAAAUAAACUACCUAACUUUCUCCUUUCAUGCACAAUUAAAUAUUAGAAAAAUUCAAAUGAAAUACUACCUUUGAAUUUGUAGUGUGCAAAAGAAAUUUCAAGUUAAAGAGGCAAAACAGAGAAUUCUCAAAUCAGAAGUUCGUUUUGACAAUUGGAAUGAAACAGAAGAUUGAGAAUUGGGUGUACCCAUUUCCUAUUAAGAAUUGACAUAUCCUUGGGUAAAAUCUAUUGUUUUCAUGUACAAGUGAGUACAUAUGUUCAUGUACAAGUGAGUACAUAUGUACCUGUACUCUUUAUAUUAUUUUUCUGUAAAUUUAAAGUUUAUAUGUUUACUUUUUUGUUGUUAUAAAUUAUUUUUCUGUUUUGUUUUGAUUGAAGUUUUAUUUAGUGUGAUAAAUGUUGUUAUUUUCAGUUGGUAAAAUGUGCUACAGUAUUUUGAAAAUGAUUAAAUAUCAUAAUACAAUGUUGGUGUAGUCAGAUUGUCCAUCGUAUCUAAAUUGACAAAAAGCAAGGAAAAUUCUCAGAUAACUAUGUGACAAAUAAGCAUUUUUUGGAGUAGACUUUGUUCUAAAGGAUAAUUUUGAAGGUUUACUAUAAAUGUCAUAUGACUGAAUUUUGACAUUUUGGAUACUUUGAAUGUUCUGGUUACACCUUCAUGUAAAUUGUUUAAAUUGUCCAAAUAAUAUUGAUUAAAAUUGAUGGUUUAGGAACAUUUUUGUUGGACAGUGCUAAUUCUACUAAGGAAUUAAUACAUGUAUAUUUUAACUUGGUAGAUUUACACAAGUAUAGGCAGUGGGGCAAUGCAAGAUAAACCCUUUAUUCCAAGGCAUUUGUUAAUAAAAUGAAAAGCAUAAAAUAAGUAUGAAUAUUUUGAGUACAUAAUGGAGGUAGCUAAACCUAUCAACAAAACCAAACUCCUUUGGAACUUAGGAUAUUGUUAGGAUUUAGCAGGUGGAUUUAAAGGGCCAUAGGUUUGAAAUACCAGUAUUCUGAUGACAAAACCACAUAAAAAUAUAAACAAACAAAAGGAAAGUAAAGUUAGUGGAAUUCUGAUUUCUGUCAAUGAAAAAUUCUUUAUUAUUCAUUUCAAAAUUAUAUUUUUAUUUGAAAUAUUAGGUUUAGAAAGAACAAUGGUAAUAAGUUUAUUUAAUUUUUUCUUUUUCUUUUAAAAACAGGGUAUUGGAUUUUGAAUAUAUGCCUGUUAUUAUAACAUUUGCCAUUCAAAUACACUUUCUUACAUCCUAUUUUUUAGUGCAUUGCCAGGUAAAUUCUUAUUUCAUGCAUGACAAAAGAUGGUCAUUUUAUGUUUACUGUUAUCGACAUAAACUUUGAUAUUUUACAUUAUAUUUCUGAAAAAAAGUAUAAUACUAAUACAUCUGUCUCACAUGUCUUAUGCCAUUUUUUAAGGGCCAGCUGUUGUUGAUUAGUUGUACUCAUGCUAUAUCCAUCUAAAAGCUAUCUUGGAAUAGAACAAAAGUAACAUCAAUAUUGGAUAAAAAUUUGAAUGUUUUUCUAUUAAAAAACAAAUCGCAGAUGACAAAAGUUUUUUGGUAUGAAGGAGAACACAAAUCAGCUAUACAAAGUUAACCACUGAAGAAAAAUUCUGUUAAGAGAUUCAUAUCUGGUGAGAUAGGUUGUUAUUGCAUAUGCAUGUAGUUAUAAUGUACUUUACAAUUACCUAUUUCAGAAUUAAUUGUAUUCUGGGUAAUAUUUUGAAAAAAAGUAAACCAAAAAUUAAAAACGUCCUAAACGAUGGAAAUUCAACCAAUUUAUUUGUGAAUGAACAAUACAAUUACCCACAAUCCUUAAGAUUCUGAAACAGGAAAUUGACGAUAAAUAUGUAUAGAUAUGAUCAUAUCAUGUAUAAACAGUCAUUCAUCAGUGCUAUUUGUCCUCUUUAAAUAGAUUUCAUUUUUGUUGAAAAAAACAACAGUUAAUAAUAAUAAAGUCAGGUUUGUAAAGUG